GGCAGCGGCCCCGGCGCACAGCCGCGGCCGGGGCGCGGGGCGGAAAAGCCUGUUUACACAGACUGCACACCGCCUGGGGAAUAAUGCAGGAAAGGAAGUGAGCCGGCUCGGCCCGACUGCUCCGACUUCCUGCUCUCACACACAGGAGGAAAAAAAAAAAAAAAAAAGAGGAGCGAGAGAAAGAAAAAAAAAAAAACGGGGGGAAAUCAGGAUCUCAUUACAAGAGCCGCAGACCGUCUGCAGACGCCUGUCAGCAUGGAAAGUUGGGGGCUUUCGCCCGGUUCCUCCUAGAAACCCCCCUGCAGCAGGAAUCUUGAGCGUCCCCCCGCAUCUGGGCAUGGAGAGUGCAAUCACACUGUGGCAGUUCCUGUUGCAGUUACUGCUGGACCAGAAGCAUGAGCACCUGAUCUGCUGGACCUCCAAUGAUGGUGAAUUCAAGCUCCUCAAGGCAGAAGAAGUGGCUAAACUGUGGGGACUCCGAAAAAACAAAACAAACAUGAACUAUGAUAAGUUGAGCAGAGCCCUACGAUACUAUUACGACAAGAACAUCAUCAAGAAGGUGAUUGGGCAGAAGUUUGUGUACAAGUUCGUCUCCUUCCCAGAGAUCUUGAAAAUGGACCCGCACUCAGUGGAAAUCAGCCGUGAGGGCCUUUUGCUGCAGGACAGUGACUGCAAGACACCACCUGAGGUCCGCGAGGGACACAGACACAGCUUGGCGGCCCUCAAGAGUGCCAGCCGCAACGAAUACAUCCACUCAGGCCUCUACUCUUCCUUCACCAUCAAUUCCCUGCAGAAUGCACCUGAGCCCUUCAAGGCCAUCAAGACAGAAAAGAUGGACGACCAACCGGAGGACGGGCCCCCUGUGGAAGAAGUCAGGACUGUCAUCAGGUUUGUGACCAACAAAACCGACAAGCACAUCAGCAGGCCUGUGGUGUCCCUGCCUGCCACCUCAGAGGCCUUCCUGGCCUCAUCCGUCUCAGCCAAGAUCUCCUCGCUCAUGCUGCCAAAUGCCGCCAGUAUCUCGUCCUCCACCUCACCCUUGUCCUCUCGCUCCCCAUCCCUGUCCCCCAACUCACCGCUCCCUCCCGAACACAGGAGCCUCUUCCUGGAGGCCGCCUGCCAGGACUCGGAUUCUGUAGAGCCCUUGAACCUCUCUGCAGGCUCCAAGACCAGGUCUCCAUCUCUUCCCCCCAAGGCCAAAAAACCCAAAGGCUUGGAAAUCUCGGCCCCUCCGUUGGUGCUCUCUGGCACUGACAUCGGCUCCAUCGCCCUCAACAGCCCAGCCCUUCCCUCAGGCUCUCUGACCCCUGCCUUCUUCACUGCCCAGACACCCAACGGAUUGCUCCUGACCCCAAGCCCACUGCUGUCCAGCAUUCACUUCUGGAGCAGCCUCAGUCCAGUUGCUCCUCUCAGCCCUGCCAGGCUGCAAGGCCCAAACACGCUAUUCCAGUUCCCGACCCUGCUCAACGGCCAUAUGCCAGUGCCGAUCCCCAGUCUGGACAGAGCUGCUUCUCCAGUCCUGCUUUCUUCCAGUUCUCAGAAAUCCUGAUGACAUCUGGCUACAAAGAAAGACUCAUUUGCUGAUGAAACAAAUUUGUCCCCAUGGGCUGGUUUACCUGUGUCAUGAGAAGGACAUUGUGAAACCCUGUUAAUUUGGUUUGCACUUUUCAUACCUUGGAUGGUCUAG